CGUAAAUGUUUUCACAUUUUUUACAUGCAAUACUAGUAGGGGUUUUUAUUUGAAUAUUACUAAUUUUGAACCAAUUACCCAACAAGUGACCACUUUUAAAAAGGGGCAAAAAAGUAAUCAAAAAGGUUAUAUAUUUAGAAAACAGUGUCUAUCAGAUUUGUAUGUCACAGAAAAAUAUUAUGUCACUGUAACCGCCGCCCGUGUCACUGUAGCCACCGCCCGUGUCACUGUAGUCACCGCUCAUGUCACUUUAGCCACCACCCGUGUCACUAUCGCCACUACCACACCUCCACUGCCGCCGCUCUUCUCCGACAACCAUAGUGACACCGCUGUAGUAACAUCCAAAUUCGUGAAACAUGUCACUAUGACCGCAGAUAAAAUUCCCGGAGACUUUUCCACCGCUAGCCGGUGAUCCUCCCACACUGCCGCCCGCCACCCCACCAACACCACUAUCCACGACAUCUGUCUCCCAUAGACCGCCAUGCUCAUCCCUAUGCCCCAGCACCCCAGACCAGUGAAGCCCACUGCCCCUCUCCCCCUACAGUAGUCGCGGCAACCACUCCGCCGACCACCCCCAUCGCCCAGUGAACAAGUCUACCCAACCGCCGUUGACCACCACCACCGACCACCGCCUCACCCGGACUUGACUCCCCAGCUCCCAGCCCCCUCCCAGCCCAGCCAACCUCCUAGCCUCUUCAUCUCUGCUACCCAGAGCAACUCCGGUCACCCCUCCCAGCCCAAAUUUGACAGCCCAACCCAGCCCCAACCAUCGGCUAAUGAAGCCUAGCCGCCCCCCAAAUCUGGUCGUUUCCUUGUCACCAUAUCAGAUCUGAAGGUUUACGAGGGGGGAGAGGGGUGAUAGUGCAGUGAGGCGAGGCAGAUAGGCGCCAUCCGAGCUCGUCGUAAUAGACCGUCAAAUCUGUGGUCCUCGUAAUCGGAUGACAAAUCUCUUCGUCGGAUCUACGAAAAUCGUAGCCGGCCGAUGAAGCUUGCCGGAUUGACGAGCCUUGUCACCAGAUCGAUAAAGUUCGAGGAGGUUCCCGUUCAUCUUCACAAAUUCGCCGCCGUGGAGUUGCUGAUUAAUCUGCAGAAAUUCUCUGCUACUGAGGAGCUGGUUCAAUUUGGUGGAGACGGCCAGAUGCGCGUUGGAGAAGACUGCCGAGGGAGAGGAGUUGUAGUCACUUUUUUGUAAAGUGUUAAAAAGGUUAUAUAUUUGUCUAUCAAAAACCUCAGUGGUCAUAUCUUGGCCAUUGAUUCAUACUAUGAUACUAGUACCAUUGAAAAGACCAUAAAAAAUAUUCAAUUUCAUAUGUUUUUAUGUAUUUUUUUUACCAUAAAUCGAAAAAAUUAUAACAAUUUGAAAUAAAAAAAAUUGCAUUGCCACAAAUUGGACUCUAGCAAUAUGGGGAUGCUCAGAAAUUGACAAGUCAUGCUACAAGCUAUUUGUCAAAG